AGUUGCGUCACUGUCUCGGGAACCACGACUGCUGGGUAUACACCUCUGUUGACUCCCAGCCUCGCUUAGAUCUGUUGCUUUUAUUUUUUGCUGUUGCUCCCUUUCCUUCUCCGAGACAGCGCGGAUUUGGGAAUGGCCAGCCCAGGCAUGCCACGGUAGACUGUUAGCGGCAGUAAUGAUGGCAAGGAGUUGGGCUCAUGCAGAUCCUUUUGCUCCAGGAGACUCCUCGCCUGGAAACCUGGACCGUGGCCUGGUUGAGAUGGGCAACUAGCGCUUGCACCGACUGAUACAGCAUUUCUAAAAACAUUAUUAGCUCAAGUCAUGGGGGGGGGGUAGUUCAGUCAGCCAGGCGCUCGGGAAAAAGAGAAAGGUGCACGAUGGAGGGAUGGUGGUCGGAUACUGGUAUUGAAAAGAAACGACAGAAGAAAAACAUUCAUGGUUCUUUGAGAGGGUCCAGGGCACGAAACAAAAGAGAGGAACGUGGGAAGAGAGUCUCUACGAGCAGCCAAGAGGUACCAAGAAGGAGCCGGCAGUUUAAUAGGUACUUUGGGCAGUAAAAGCAAUCCAAGCACGAGGGCGGCUUAGGGGGGACGCUCUGAGGCAGAAAUGACUUUCCGGGACGAGACCUGUCGGAGUCAUUCCGACUGUUCUUCGGAGAAAAGAGGAGCCCAGGGUGAAAGGAACAGGGUUCACCUCAGCUGCGCCUCCCCUCCCCUCCCCAGCGGCACCGCAAAAGAGGAUCACGUCAUCCUUUUUGCCCACUGCGCAUGUGCAGCAUUGCGGUUCUCGCCGCCAUUCGCCGCCUCCCCCCCUCCCACAUCCCGACUUGGAAACAUCUGGGCAAGGAAGCGGCGCGAGGAAGCGGAGGGUGGGAGGGAAAGCAGGCGGAGAGCGUCCUGUUAUGUUCGUUUGUCCCUCCGUCUGUCGGGCCCGCUACCCACAACCCCUUGCGGCUCUGGCCGCUCGGUCAUGGAGGCAACCGCAGCCGCGGCCGUGGAGGUCGUUGAAACUGUUGCAUCCGCCACAGCUGGAGAAACAGAAGAAGCCUCGCCAGUGGCGGCGCCCCAAGUCUUCUUCCCUUCUCUCCGGGCGAGCUGAGCUGUCCGGCUAAGCCGGGACUCGUCCAGCAUGAGUGGGGACGGCGGCGGUGGCGGUGGCGGCGGCGGCAGCAGCAUCGCCUCUUCUUCGUCGGCUCCUGGCCGCUUCGCCGACUACUUCGUGGUCUGUGGGCUGGACACCGAGACUGGGCUGGAGCCGGACGAGCUCUCCGCAUUAUGCCAGUAUAUACAGGCCUCUAAGGCCCAAGAUGGUGGUGGCCGUUUCAUUUCAAGUUCAGCAGAAGGUGAAAAUUUUGAACAAACUCCGUUAAGGCGCACAUUCAAAUCCAAAGUUCUUGCUCAUUAUCCUGAAAAUGUUGAAUGGAAUCCUUUUGAUCAGGAUGCAGUGGGAAUGCUAUGUAUGCCUAAGGGCCUAUCUUUCAAGACACAAGCUGAUGCCAGAGAACCUCAGUUCCAUUCAUUUAUCAUUACCCGUGAAGAUGGCUCACGGACAUUUGGAUUUUCUUUAACAUUUUAUGAGGAAGUUACCAGUAAACAAAUUUGUAGUGCAAUGCAGACUUUGUAUCACAUGCACAAUGCAGAAUGUGAUUUUCUUCAUACUCCACCACCAAAUGACAAAGAAAACUGUAGCACCAUAGAAGACUGUAAUGGCUCCUCUCUAUCAAAAUUACAACGAUUUAACUCAUAUGAUAUAAGUAGAGACACUCUCUAUGUAUCAAAGUGCAUAUGUCUGAUAACACCAAUGUCUUUCAUGACGGCAUGUAGGAAAGUGCUUGAGCAACUCCACCAAGCAGUAACUUCACCUCAGCCACCACCAUUACCUUUGGAAAGCUUUAUCUACAAUAUACUGUAUGAAGUUCCUCUCCCUCCAGCAGGGAGAUCCUUAAAAUUUUCAGGAGUCUAUGGAUCAAUUGUCUGCCAGAGGCCAAGCACCAAUGAAUUGCCAUUAUUUGACUUUCCAGCUAAAGAAGUUUUUGAGUUACUUGGAGUGGAGAAUACAGUCCAACUCUUCACUUGUGCUCUUUUGGAAUUUCAGAUACUGCUUUAUUCACAACAUUAUCAGAGACUGAUGACUGUUGCUGAGACAAUCACAGCACUGAUGUUUCCAUUCCAGUGGCAGCAUGUAUAUGUUCCCAUCCUUCCAGCCUCUCUCUUGCAUUUUCUUGAUGCUCCUGUCCCUUAUCUAAUGGGCUUGCACUCUAAUGGUCUAGAUGACCGGUCAAAGCUAGAGCUCCCCCAAGAGGCAAAUUUAUGCUUCGUGGAUAUAGACAACCACUAUAUUGAAUUGCCAGAAGAUUUGCCUCAAUUUCCAAAUAAACUUGAAUUCAUUCAGGAGAUCUCAGAAGUCCUUAUGACUUUUGGGAUUCCACCUGAGGGAAACUUACAUUGCAGUGAAAGUGCCUCUAAGAUGAAAAGCCUCAGGACAUGUGAUAUAGUCUCUGAUAAGAGAAAUGGGAACGUAGGAGGACCAACUUUAAAUUCAUAUGAACUACUGAAAGAAAAUGAAACCAUAGCAAGACUCCAAGCACUUGUAAAAAGAACAGGUGUGAGCCUCGAAAAAGUUGAAGUUCGAGAGGAGAGUGGCAACAAGAAGGAUCUAAAAGUGCAAUGUGAUGAAGAAGAAUUUAAGGUUUACCAGCUCAACAUUCAAGUGCGAGAAGUUUUUGCUAAUCGUUUUACACAAAUGUUUGCAGAUUAUGAAGUAUUUGUUAUUCAGCCCAACCAGGACAAAGAGUCAUGGUUUACUAACAGGGAGCAGAUGCAGAAUUUUGAUAAGGCCUCCUUCUUGUCUGACCAGCCUGAACCUUAUUUGCCUUUCCUCUCAAGAUUUUUGGAGACACAGAUGUUUGCUUCUUUUAUUGACAACAAGAUAAUGUGCCAUGAUGAUGAUGACAAAGAUCCUGUUUUGAGAGUGUUUGAUUCUAGAGUGGAUAAAGUUAGACUGUUAAAUGUUCGAACACCAACUUUGCGCACAUCCAUGUAUCAAAAGUGCUGUUCCAUCGAUGAGGCUGAGAAAGCUAUUGAGUUAAGGCUGGCCAAAAUAGAUCAUACCGCAAUCCAUCCCCACUUACUUGAUAUGAAGAUUGGACAAGGAAAAUAUGAACCUGGAUUUUUCCCCAAGCUUCAGUCUGAUGUCCUAGCUACAGGGCCAGCAAGCAACAAAUGGACCAAGCGAAAUGCACCUGCACAAUGGAGACGGAAAGACAGACAGAAGCAGCACACAGAACAUCUUCGUCUUGACAAUGAUCAGAGAGAGCGGCUGGAUUUCCCUUUGCCUGAGCUUCAGUUGCAAUUAUGUUUAGUCUUGGACCAGCAUGAUUGGCCUUUCAGGCACUCUGUUAAAUCUGUUUCAGAGCUUUAUCUGAAGUAUAUUCAAGAAGCUCGGAAUCUGGGGAGCACUAUCAGGCAACCCAAACUAUCUAAUCUUUCACCAUCAGUAAUUGCUCAGACCAACUGGAAAUUUGUUGAAGGUCUGCUGAAGGAAUGCCGGAAUAAGACAAAGAGGAUGCUAGUGGAAAAAAUGGGUCGUGAAGCAGUAGAACUUGGUCAUGGUGAAGUGAAUAUUACAGGUGUAGAAGAAAACACACUAAUAGCCAGUCUUUGUGAUCUCUUGGAAAGGAUAUGGAGCCAUGGUCUGCAAGUGAAACAGGAUAGAAGCUGUACUACUUUCAUCCUAGAAGAUAAAGCAUCAUUAUACUCUGCUACAACUCAGAUUUGGGCCUUUCAGACCAGCAAGCGGCCAACCCUACAUAAGGGGAAAUCUGCUUUGUGGUCACACUUGUUACAUUACCAAGAAAACAGGCAAAGAAAACCUACAUCUGGAAGCUUCAGCACCUCAGGAAUUCUUUUAGAUGCAGAAAGAAGGAAGUCAGAUGCCAGUCCAGCAAUGUCUCCCUUAAGAGUAUCUCUCAUCCAGGACAUGAGGCAUAUCCAAAAUAUUAGUGAGAUCAAAACAGAUGUUGGUAAGGCUAGAGCUUGGGUUCGACUCUCCAUGGAAAAGAAAUUACUGUCUAGACACCUGAAACAUCUUCUUUCUGAUCAUGAACUUACAAAAAAACUCUAUAAACAUUAUGCCUUCCUCCGCUGUGAUGAUGAGAAAGAGCAGUUCCUUUAUCAUCUCCUGUCAUUCAGUGCUGUUGAUUAUUUCUGCUUUACCAAUGUCUUUACAACAAUCUUGAUUCCAUACCAUAUAUUGAUUGUUCCUAGCAAAAAGCUAGGUGGCUCAAUGUUCACAGCCAAUCCAUGGAUAUGUAUUUCAGGAGAACUUGGUGAAACAGGAGUUCUACAGAUUCCAAGGAAUACAUUAGAAAUGACAUUUGAGUGUCAAAAUCUGGGAAAGCUUACCACUGUGCAAAUAGGACAUGAUAAUUCUGGAUUGUAUGCCAAGUGGCUAGUGGAAUAUGUUAUGGUGAGAAAUGAGGUCACAGGUCACACUUACAAGUUUCCAUGUGGGAGAUGGCUUGGAAAAGGGAUGGAUGAUGGCAGUUUAGAGAGGAUCUUGGUGGGAGAAUUACUGACAUCCCAUACUGAUGUGGAUGAAAGGCAAUGCAGAACUCCUCCUUUGCAGCAGUCCCCAAGCAUGAUCAGAAGAUUUGUUACAAUAUCACCAAACAACAAACCAAAGUUAAAUACAGGUCAGAUACAGGAGUCUAUUGGUGAAGCAGUAAAUGGAAUUGUCAAACAUUUCCACAAGCCAGAGAAAGAGAGGGGCAGUUUGACGCUUUUACUAUGUGGAGAAGGUGGACUUGUUUCAGCUCUUGAGCAAGUGUUUCAGCAUGGAUUUAAAUCUCCUAGGCUCUUCAAAAAUGUCUUCAUUUGGGACUUUCUAGAAAAAGCACAAGGUUAUUAUGAAGCUCUAGAUCAGAAUGAUCUGGUCCCUGAGGAAAACUGGCAGAAAAGAGCCAGAAGUUUUUGUCAUUUUGUCACAGCCAUCAACAACACUCCAAGAAACAUUGGGAAAGAUGGCAAGUUUCAGAUGUUAGUGUGCCUUGGAGCCAGGGACCACCACUUGCAUCAUUGGAUUGCCUUGCUAGCAGACUGCCCCAUCACCGCUCAGAUGUAUGAGGACACAGCACUAAUAAAGGAUCAUACCUUAGUGAAUUCCUUGAUCCGUGUGCUGCAGACUUUGCAGGAAUUCAAUAUCACACUGGAGACGUCUCUUGUGAAAGGGAUUGACAUUUGAUUUAUGUUACAAGCACUGUAACGAAGCAAAAUGAAACAGAAAAAAGCAUCAGUGGAACAUGAGAUUAAUAAUGCAAAGAGUCUGUCUGGUAAUACAGUCCAUUGCAUUCAAACAUUCACAUCACUCCACACUACUCUUCUGGAAAGAAGCUCCAAAUAAACUGUGGACAUAUUAAUUGAAGCUCUAUACCCAAUGUGUAAAAGGAAGAAUUACUGUAAAUCACUUUUAGAGUUUAUUUGCUGAUUUGCUUUUACAUACUUUCAUGUGAAAGAGUUAGCUAAUGAGCAUUGCACAGCUUAUUUUAAAGCUGUAAUAUUUCUUUGCCAUAAAAAUGGUGUAGUGAGAAGUGCUUGACGUUCUCUGAACCUGCCUUUAGAUGGUAUCUUGCAAAGUGUAAUUACUACAUUCCAUUUCUGCUAAAGAUCACAAAGCAAUUUAAAAAUAAUAUUUUACUAUAUAUUUAUCAUCACUGGCUUUUCCAUAUUGGGUCACUGCUAUGCUGCAAGAAAACUAAACGUUUCAAUAUUGUUUUUAAGAGCCUCAAAGCACUGAAUUUGUUAGCAAAUCUCUUUUCUUUUUGUUGUCAGUAUUAUUUUUUCAGAUUUUGCAGGAGUGAAUCAUGCAGAUCUGUAGAGAUCGGUGAUAUUUUUUCAUAUGGGUACGAAAUUGCACAGAGAUAAUUAUAAACAUGUUUUUAACUGGCGUUUAUUUAUUUAACUUUUGAUCAUGUUGUAACAUCUUUAUCUAAAAAGGGUAGAGGGAGAACAUAUAUACUUAAUGGGCCCUGUUACAUGUCUAUUGUGUUUUCAUAUCUGGACGCAGCUAGAACGCACCCCAUUUAAAUAGAAAGUCCAGAAUAAUAGUGUUGGUCAGCAAAAUAUGUCUGUGUGAAUCUGCUUUUGGUUAUACUGUAUGUUAUAAAUACAAAGUACCGGUACUAAGCUGAUAAUUCUAAAGCCAUCUAUAUCCUAUGUAAUGGCUAACAACCUAAUCUAAGACUUGUUGGAACAGUAUAUAGAUACAUAAGAUUGGACAUAGCACCAAUUUCACAGUUACAUGAUAUCUUAAAAUACUUGCACAACUUUAUAACAGCAUCAUGAGCACUUAUGGCAGUGCAAGUAUUUGGGGUUGGGUGUGAGUGAAGCCAGUAUUACUGUGACUUACUUGUGCUGCUACUUGGCUUAAUGCCAUGUUAAGUUUUCAGGUCCUUCACUUGGAAACCCCAGUUCACAGGCAAAACACACAUAAACUUUUCUUGAAAAUGCUGACAGUUCAUAUACUAGUUUUUGUAUUUUGUUAACGAUUGGUUUUCUUGGAUGCUUGUGAACAUUGGAUACAAACAUUAGUUUAAUCUUAUAAUGUUCAGACUAUGUGGACUUUUUAAAUAUCAAAAUUCCAUUUGGAAAAGAUCUAGAAGAAACGGUUCUUGUUAGAAUUCUCAGCUAAAAACCCUAGAAGAUGCAUAUUUAAUUCAGGCAACACUAAGAUGCAUUGUACAGGGCUUUAGGCCUCUGCAUUAAGAGGCAAUUGCUGUAUAAAAAUUGUCUCAAAAGUUAGGCUCUAAAAUGAAGAGCAAUGAAAAAAGAGUUUUAAAAUUUUCAGUCUCUUCAGCAAGUAGCAUAAUUUUUUUCGUACAUCUUGUGGUAAUUUUUAUUCCGGUAAUUUAAAGAUAUAGCACAUGUAUUAAAUUUUACUAUUUUUA